AUGCAAAAAGUCAAUAAACAUGGAUUUUGUGUAGAUAAAGUCGUCAUUCGUCCAGGUACAUCAAAUCAAGUUGAUGCUUUACAAAUUUUGCAAUCACCCAUUGAAGAGAUCACAGCAAACACAUCGGUCAAUUAUGAAAGUGGAAUAUCAGAUAAUUCUUCAAUUUUAUCGCCUG